AUGUCAACUAUUCCUGGCUAUGCAGCACCUAUUCGCCAAGACCGAACUGCUUCAGGCGGGGGCGUAGCUGUCUGGGUGAAGUCCAACCUGCAUGCUCGGCACCUUGACGCCAUUGACUGUAAAGGUUUUGAGGUAGUAUGGCUCUUAGUAGAUUCAUGCUCUCAUGGCAAGGUUGUAGUCUGUGCUGUGUAUCGUUCCGGUUCAAGUAGCCCAUCAGAUUGCUCCGUCAUCGACUACCUAGACAGCUCAUUACCUGCAGCACAGCAACUCGGUGACCAUGUAGUCAUUGCAGGGGACUUUAAUGUCCACAAUUCCGCCUGGCUCAAAAGUAGUAAAACAACAUUGGCUGGUCUUGCACUGGAGGAUCUAGCAUCUGCUUAUUGCCUCACGCAGCAUAUCACGGAUCCCACUAGAGGUGAUGCCAUUCUAGACCUUGUCCUUUCAGACUUGCCUGGACAUGUGAGCACUUCUAUCUGUAAGCCCCUUGGACGCUCUGACCAUGCGGUCAUCAUCGCAGACUUCUUGACAGUUUCUCCCUCAGAGGAGGAGAGCUCUACUAGAACAGUAUGGCGCUACAACAAAGCCGAUUGGUCGAGACUGAGGGCACACUUCAGAUCCGUAGAUUGGCUGCAAGUCACUGCUCCCCAUACCGACUGCAACAAGGUCUGGGAUGUCAUCUCAGAGACAAUUCUAGUGGGGAUGCACCGAUUUAUCCCGUGCAAGCAAUACACUACAACACCCUCUGACCCUCCAUGGUGGAACCCAGAGUGUCUGGACGCAGUAGUCCUCAAGGAACAGGCCUGGCGGCGCUGGAGGAGAUUUCCAUCUUCUGAGCCUCUGAAGCAGACAUUUUUACAAUCAGUCAACCAUGCCUCAACUGUGAUGGACACGGCCCGCCUAGCUUGGGAACGGCGUGUCCGGGCUAAGCUCUGUGCGGGUAAUCUGCGUGACAAACAGUGGUGGUCGGUGAUGAAAUCAGUCGCUGGUGUUAAGCGCUCCUCUGAUAUCCCAACCCUGAUUGAUGCACAUGGGCAGGAAUGCGCAACCAACCUGGCAAAGGCAAACUGCUUUGGAUCAUUCUUUUCCAAGAAAUGCAGUCUUGCCUCCGACAUAUCAGUGGACAGCCUGCCUGCUGCCUCUGGCCACAGUAAAACUCCAUCAGUCACAAGGAUCCAUUUCCGGGCUGACACAGUACGACGACAUCUGGCAAGACUCGACUCCUCCAAAGCCACUGGACCGGACAAUAUCCCAGCUAGGGUACUCAAGGAAUGCGCAACUGAGCUUGCGGGGCCCCUAGCACGCCUCUUCUCCCUGUCUUUCAGUACUGGCCACCAACCACAGGCAUGGAAGGUUGCCCGAGUAGUUCCAGUAUACAAAAAGUCCUCCAAAUCCGCUGAAAAGAAUUACCGACCAGUCUCGCUGCUUUCUAUAUGUUCCAAAGUAAUGGAGUCCAUCAUCAACCGCCAGUUAAUGAACUUUCUGGAGGGACAAAACGUCCCCGCCGAGGCCUAG